CCCUGCAGAGGGCUUCCUGCUGCAGGUGGAGCUGGACUGCCCCCUCUCAGCCGAGGGCCGCCUGCUGGGCGCCAACUGGACGCUGGCCUUCAACAAGAUGUGCUUCAUCUACUACAACCAUGUCUACCAGGAGUUCCUCCCCUGCGGCCUGGGCGAGUCCCGGGACUGGAACCAGGUCGCCGCCACCCUCGCAGACGACUUCAGCCAGCAGUUCCCUACCUGGGGCCGGGCCUUGUGGGACCUCUGCCAGGAGCAGAUGCCGCAACCCCUCUGGGCCACCACUGGCGGCCGGCGCACACCCCCCAACGUCCGCAUCUUCCCCAUCACCCCUCAGAACACGCCAGCGCCCGUCAUGCUGACCUGUGAGGUGUGGGGCUUCUACCCGGCAGACGUGGCCGUCACUUGGCUGCGGAACGGGAUGUUUGUGAAGAACAGCUCCGGCGUGGCGGUGGUCUCGAACGGGGACUGGACCUACCAGACGCGGCUGAGCCUGCCCGUCUACCCCCAGAGUGGGGAGACCUACACCUGCCAGGUGGACCACGCCAGCCUUCUGCAGCCCCUGGCCCAGGACUGGGAGCCAGGCCUGACCCCGGAGCUCAAGGUGAAGGUGGGGGCCUCCGGCGCAGUGCUGGGGGUGGGCCUCAUCUUCCUCAUCACUGGCCUCGUCUGCUGGAAAAAGCGGGUGCCGGAAGGUUAUGUUCCCAUCGAUGGCGACAACUACCCCCCAGUCGACUCCUAGAUCCGCAGAGGCCAUCCGAUCCCAAACGCCUGCCUGACCUCGACAGGAGGCCCUGCUCCUGGACUUCCAGCCGCGCCUCGGCCACCAACACGGGAUUGCGGCACGGGGGCGGGGGGCUCACGGUCUGGGGCAGAAAUACGCCAGCUGCCCCCGCCCCCCGCCCGGCCGGCAUUGCUUCCAGAGGUGAAGAUGGGGGCCCCCCACCCAUGGGUCCUCAAAUGCUCCCCUGCCUCUGAUUUUGGGGGGAGGGCAUCAAACGCCCCGUGCCCUGCUAUUCCAGAUGUGCCUGCCUAAGUGUUGAAGAGCUGUUUUUCUUUUCUUUAAAAAAAAUAACCCAAAGAAAACUGCCGCACCUGUCUUGAAACGACAAUAAAACGUUUCCGGCUCUCAUCCUAAA